AAAUUUAGGUUGAGAUGAUUAGCCAAGUUUGUGAAAGAUGUCAUGAACCGGCUGAAAAAAUCCAUUGCUUACACUCUCAAAAAUGGCCUGGAGCAACACCAGACUGAGCUUCUCAUCAUCCAACUCAUCCAAGCACCGAACAUCCCUUAUGCCCACAAGCUCUUCGAUCUCACUCCAAAAAAAACUGUGUUUCUCUACAACAAACUCAUCCAAGCCUACUCCUCGGUUAACCGAUCCCACGAAUGCCUCACUCUCUACUCCCAAAUGUGCCUCAACAACUGUUCCCCCAACGAGCAUUCUUUCAUCUUCCUUUUCCCUGCCUGUGCUGCACUUUCCUCCCUUUCCCACGGCCAAAUCCUUCAUACCCGUCUUCUCAAAUCUGGGUUUGGUCUCGAUUGCUAUGCGUUGACCGCUUUGCUCGAUAUGUAUGCGAAACUGCUUAUGUUACCGUCGGCUCGUAAAUUGUUCGACGAAAUGCGUGUGAGAAAUGUGCCCACUUGGAACGCUUUGAUUUCUGGGUAUUCGAGGUGUGGGGAUAUGAAUGAAGCUUUGGAAUUAUUUAAAUCGAUGCCGGAGAAGAAUGUGGUUUCGUGGACCUCCAUGAUAUCUGGUUAUUCGCAGAACGGGCAAUUUUCAAGAGCCUUGGAUAUGUUUCUAGAGAUGGAGAACGAGAGGGGUGUUAAGCCGAAUCGAGUGACCAUUGCUAGUGUGCUUCCAGCUUGUGCAAGUCUUGGAGCGUUGGAGGUUGGGGAAAGGAUCGAAGCUUAUGCGAGAGAGAAUGGAUUGUUCGAGGAUUUGUAUGUUAGCAAUUCUAUCCUCGAAAUGCAUGCGAGGUGUGGUAAAAUCGAAGUGGCGAAAAAGGUGUUCGAUGAAAUCGGCAAGAGGAGAAAUUUGUGCUCUUGGAAUUCAAUGAUCAUGGCUCUUGCACUUCAUGGAAAAUCGAUUGAAGCUCUCGAGUAUUACGAUCAAAUGCUGCAUGAAGGAACUGUACCAGAUGAUGUUACAUUUGUUGGAGUUCUCUUAGCAUGCACGCAUGGAGGAUUGGUGACGGAAGGACAAGAACUUUUCGAAUCAAUGCUGAGAAACUAUAAUAUCAAUCCUAAAUUGGAGCAUUAUGGAUGCAUGGUUGAUCUCCUAGGUCGGGCCGGAGCAUUGCAGGAAGCUUAUGAUCUUAUUAAAACCAUGCCUAUGAAGCCUGAUGUGGUGGUUUGGGGAUCUCUAUUGGGAGCUUGCAGCUUCCAUAACAAUGUCGAACUAGCAGAAAAAGCAGCUCAACCUCUGUUUGAGCUCGAGCCAUGGAAUGCUGGAAACUACAUUAUUCUUUCUAAUAUAUACGCAUCUUUGGGCCGGUGGGAUGGGGUUGCAAAGCUAAGGAAGAUGAUGAAAGGCGGCAGAAUUACAAAGGCAGCCGGAUAUAGCUUCCUUGAAGAGGGAGGCGAAAUGCAUAAGUUUCUUGUGGAGGAUAAAUCUCAUCCUAGAUGUGAUGAAAUAUAUGAAAUCUUACAUAGGGUGUCAACGGUGAUGAAGCUACAAGAGAAAUUAAUUAACUUUGAAUCUGAACUUUUAAUGAUAAUGGAGCAGGAUAUCUAAGUAUUACAGACAAGGUGCUCUACAAUAUGAAC